AAAAAACAAAAAAACUCUGUAGUCUGCUUCGUCUAUCAUUUUUUUUUGUUGAUAUUUCACCAUUUUCGCUAUUUUGGUGUUUUACUGAAGCUGCUAUAUCCAAGUUUCGAUCAGUGUAAAUGAUAUGGAGGUGAGUGUGUUGCUUGUUGCAGGCAGAAGAAUAUAAUGGAGUGGGCGUUUGUGCAUAAAAUAUGGGAAAAAUCGAUUUCGAGCAAUGUUGGUUCAGGUCAACCAUUGAAGGCUGCUUUGCUUUUAAAUUACGACCCUAAUGCCCCUUCUCGUCUGAUGUCUACCAUUGCAGAGCAAGAGGGUAUAAUGGCAGAUCCAACCGAAAUGUGUGAGCUUAUCAGUUUUAUCAAGAGAAACAAACUGCAGACGGAGAGCUUUGUCAUUGGACAGAAUCAAUAUCUUGUAACAUCAAUUCAUGAGAGUUGGUUCUGUGCAAGAAGCAUGAGUACUUCAAAACCUGCUGGUGAAGGUGCUAUUCUGAUGCACACAGGGGCAUUCUUCUUGAUUGGAUUGUAUGAUGGCUCGAUUGGUUCAGCAUCCCGUGCAAUGGUAGUUCUUGAUCAGUUUGCAUGGCAACUUAGUCGAAGAAAUCAUUGAUUGCUUUGUAUAUAUGUCAAAAUAUGUUACAUAGAUCCAUGGUCUCUGCAUCUCAAUGGAUGGGAUUUUUUGUUGUUGUUGUUGAAUCAGUAUUUCUUAAGCUGCAAGGUUGUAUCACCUCACUAAUUGAUGGCAUUUGUGAUUUAUUAGACAUUAAAA